GAAACCCUGUACCGUGAUCAGCCAUCUUGAGCCAGGAUAACCUGCAAACCUCCUCUGAACAGCUCAACACAACGCUCUAAAGACUUUAUUCCUGAGCCACAAUGGCCACCGCACCGUACAACUACUCCUACAUUUUCAAAUACAUCAUUAUCGGGGACAUGGGGGUAGGGAAGUCAUGUUUGCUUCAUCAGUUCACAGAAAAGAAAUUCAUGGCAGACUGCCCCCAUACAAUUGGCGUGGAGUUUGGUACGAGGAUAAUCGAGGUGAGCGGCCAGAAGAUCAAGCUGCAGAUUUGGGACACAGCGGGACAAGAGCGCUUCAGGGCUGUCACCCGCUCCUACUACCGCGGAGCUGCAGGGGCGCUGAUGGUGUACGACAUCACCAGGAGAAGCACAUACAACCAUCUCAGCAGCUGGCUGACUGAUGCCAGAAACCUCACCAAUCCCAAUACUGUGAUCAUUCUCAUAGGAAACAAAGCAGACCUCGAGGCCCAGAGGGACGUUACAUAUGAGGAAGCUAAGCAGUUCGCUGAGGAGAACGGUCUGUUGUUUCUGGAAGCCAGCGCCAAAACAGGUGAAAACGUUGAGGACGCCUUCCUGGAAGCCGCUAAGAAGAUCUACCAGAACAUCCAAGAUGGCAGCCUCGACCUGAACGCUGCCGAGUCCGGGGUCCAGCACAAGCCCUCGGCCCCUCAGGGCGGCCGGCUAACCAGCGAACCACAGCCCCAGAGGGAAGGCUGCGGCUGCUAAUGACCAAGCAACCCCCCCCUCCCCCUUAUUCACUCAGCCUUCCUCUCUCUCUGUUUGUCCUGCCCGCCCUCCCUCAACCAUCCACCCCCCCUACACCUCCAUCCAUUCCUCCACCUCCGUACAUCCAUCCACCCUCGUCCCUCACUGCACCAGGAGCUGCAUGAGAACAGGGCUGCGGAGGGAAGGAAAGGGGGACGGAUAUCGACUUGGGCCAGACUGAGCUGGGCUGUGCAGACUUUAUCUCUCCCCUCCUCCUCCUCCUCUUCCUCGUCUCUGCCUGUCUGUCUCCCUCCGUCACUGUCUCACUCCUACUCUUAAAACUCUGUCAGUGUGUUGUCAGUCCAUACCUCUCCUCUUUUGCUCCUCUUGCACCAUUCUUGUGUAGUCCCCCCCUCCCGCCGCCUCACCCCCACCCGUCAUAGUAUUGUAGACGCCACCACGCAUUACACGGGUUACUGACACUUUAGAUAGAUGUAACGUUCAUACGAUAAUGAUAAACUGAGACUGUUGUUUUAUGUUUGGUUUUAUAGCUAUAUAUGACAUGUAAACACUGCGUUAGGUUUCAUUCACCACUGAUCAGUUCUGUAUGAAUCCAGAUCGUAAUCAUACCCCUCCGGAUGCCCGUCCUGCAUGGUUUACCAAUCUGGCGUUGAAUGCGGGUACGAUAUCUCACUUGCGGGUCAUUUUUAUGAGAUGGGACAGUUGAAAGCAAUGACGUAGUGUAUCAUGCAGCCACACAGGUAGAGGCUCCUAAGUGUGUGUCAGAGAAUGUGUAGCUGAGUGAGCUUUCGCAGCAGGUUUUAAACCUGCUUGUGGCAUUUUUUUAAAGUCCUGUUUCUGUUGCUUAGCACUGAUAUUCUCAGGAGAGAGAGUUGGUGGGGGGGGAAGAGAAAACCAGGAAUUCCCACAACUUUCUUGUAGGUAAUCCCUGUCUCUCCUGAGUUAUCACAGGAAGGAAUUUUGGUUGUUUUCCAGCUUGUCUGUGUGUAUGUGUGAAGAAGCUGGAAGGGGGUUUCUUUUUGACUUUGAGUUAAAAUGACACUUCAAAAAAAAGAUGGCUUCUCUGUUUUUGAUGGAAAGACUCAUUCACAUCUAUUCCUUUGCACCAGCUCUCCCUCUCCUCACUCAUGACUCCCUAAACCCUCCCUCGUUCCCCUCCCCAGGUCAUAUCAACAGAUUCUGUCUUUACCAGCAUUUUCUUUGUCAUCAUUUGUUGCCUUAUUAUAAUUAAUGUUAUUACUCUUUAAUCUAUUUUGUUUUGCUGCACUUGCUCUUCACAUUGCUGUCUGACUCUCACCCCGAUUCAAUAAACCAAACCUUUUAGAAUAAUUCUAGCAUUUUACUGGAAAGUAAACAUGAGUGGCGACUCACAUGGUCAAUAUUUCUCAGAUGGUGGAGUGUCAGCAGCAUGGUCUUAAACUCUCAUCGUAACUAUUCGGAUGUAAAAACAAACACUCCUGUAUCAAGUGAAGCUGCACUGAAGAGCCGAUCUGUUGGUUAGGGCGGUUGUUCCUCUGCCUUGUAUAAUACCACACCAAGCAGCAUGACCCACCCCCCCUAAACUUGAGGAAAUUGUCAAAAUACAAUUGUUUUUUUUUUUUUUUGUACGAUAGUGAUUCCCUGAUUGGACAGCUGUAUAUAUUGCUUCUUAACUAUUGGUGAUGACCUCGCUACUUGGGAUUUAGAAAUUUAUUUGCUGGCUCUGCCAAGAUCUGUACAGUUGAUGUGCUAGUGGGUUGCCUGUAAUUCAUGCUUGGGAAAUUCUGUAACAUAGUUUCUAUUAAUAAAUGUAUGUAAAGGACAGACACGUAGACACCCCCUCCUGCCCCAACCCACCCCCGUCUGCACACUACUGAACUUGCCGAUUGGUUGAGAGGAAGCGGAUUGAGAUGAUGUGCAAACUAGUAUUUAUGUCUGCUAACUUUGAUUCCUCUCGUUUUUGUAUGGAGUGGAGGCUGGGACACUUUUAUGUUUAUAUUCUGUUUUCUUCUUCCACCCCAUCAUCAUAGCUCCUCCAUAUGGCAAGGGGCCUGCAUCGCUGUCUUAACUUUUUUGGGGAGUGGGGAUUGGUUUGUAAUUGUGGGAAGUUAUUGGGCUGGGUCUCUUUUUUUUUUUUUUUUUUUCGUGUCCCACCUCUACAGUCUGAGUGACCACUUCCUGCUUUUGUCUGUCCACAAGUACAAAAACAAACAGAAAAAAAAAAACGUACAUAUGUAUAAAUUUUUAAGGAGCUGUGCUAACAUUUAAAUGCGUUCUUGCGUGUAUAUGAUUUUAAAAUGUUGACAUUUUGAUUUUAAUGACAAAAUACUCUAGACAGAAAAAAAUAAAUUAUACAU